UUCUUCUCUCCUCCAAACCCUCCGAUUGCGACGAAGAGAGGUUUCGCGAUCCAAUUGCCGCUCAAUUUCGCGCGGCGAUCAUCAGAAUCAGAUGAUCGCUUUCGAUUCUUAGAGAGAGAGAGAUAGAAUUUUGGAGAGAGAGAGAUCAGAAGAUGCAGGGACGGAGUCCUCCGAAGCACAGGCACGAUGGGACUUCGCCGCUGCCGCUUGGGAUGGACUGGAGUCCUCCUCCGAGGAAAUGGAAUGGUCGUGACACAGUUUGGCCACAUGAUUCUCGUACAGGUUGGAGUUAUUGUGUCACUAUCCCUUCCUGGGUUGUCCUUCCAAAGUCGAGAGAUUCAGAUCCUGUAGUGUUCUACAGGGUUCAUGUUGGUGUGCAAUCACCAGAAGGGGUUACAACAACUCAUGGAGUACUGAGAAGAUUCAAUGAUUUCUUGAAGUUAUUCACUGACCUUAAAAAGGUAUUUCCUAAGAAAAAUCUCCCAUCAACCCCACCCAAGGGACUAUUGCGAUUGAAAAGCCGGGCUCUGUUGGAAGAGAGAAGGUGCUCUUUAGAGGAGUGGAUGACAAAGCUGCUUUCUGAUAUUGAUGUAUCAAGAAGUGUUGCAGUGGCUACCUUUCUUGAACUUGAAGCUGCUGCUAGGUCAUCAUUCCAAGAUGUAAACCCGCAGACUUCAGAAGCAAAUUCCCGUGAUUUGCCUACCCAGUCAAGCUUACCUACUAUUGUUGGUAGUUCAUCAGCUGCGUCAGAUUAUGGAAGUGAUACUGCUUAUGAGAUAUCUGAGCUGGGAACUCCAAGGAUAGGAAUGGAUGACAAUUCUGAACUUGGAAUAGAGGAUCUGGCAUUGGAUGAGGAUUUGACAGGCCCAAUAGAAAAGCUUGUGAAGUACGGCAUGGCUAAUAUUGAUGAGGGACUAUUUAUGGGGCAAACUAUCUUGGAGCAGUUGGAAGGCCUUCCUCGGAAUAAAGUGCGUGCCAGACAUUUGAACAAUGUGGUAGUGAGGGAUGCACAUAAUGGAAACAGUUCUAAAGUUUCGUAUUUAUCUGGUAACGGGAUGGAUCUAUUCUCUGAGCCAGAGCAUGGUAAAGUAAAUGCUCAUGCACGCAAGCUCUCAAAUGAGAGUGUAGGAAGUGAUGUAAGUUCUCUAAGAGGUAGCGAAACUUCUAAUUUUGGGAUUCCAAAUUCAUCUGGCAAUGGCUCUCUUGACCUUCUUGGAGGUGCUGAGGUUUCAAGCAGCAUGGAAGUUCUUGGUAACUCUGAGUUGCAUACUUCUGGUGGUGCUCAGUUAGUUCUUCCAUUAGACCAGCGCCAUAAAAUGAGUAGGCUUCUGCUAACUAUGCAGCGAAGACUAGUCACAGCAAAAACAGAUAUGGAGGAUCUUAUAGCAAGACUGAAUCAAGAAAUAGCUGUGAAAGAUUACCUUGCGACAAAGGUCAAGGAUUUGGAGGUGGAACUUGAAACUGAUCGACAGAAAAGCAGAGAGAAUCUGCAGCAAGCUAUAUUGAUUGAGAGGGAAAGAUUUACCCAAAUGCAGUGGGAUAUGGAGGAACUUCGGCAGAAGUCAUUAGAAAUGGAGUUGAAAUUGAAGUCAAAAUCUGAUAAGGAUGGGGAUUCUUGCACGAAAUCAACAAAUAAUUCAACCCUUCAGGAGAAAGACAUUUUGCGAGAGUUGGGUUCUUCUAAAGAGCAGCUUGAGAUUUUGUCAAAGCAAUAUGAGGAGCUAGAAGCAAGGUCAAAAGCAGAUCGAAAAGUUCUUGUGAAGGAAGUCAAAUCUCUCCGAAGUUCACAAGCGAAAUUAGAGCAUGAGCUCAGUAAAUCACUUACGGAAAAGUCUGAAGCCGAGAAACUCCUUGAACAGGAGAAACAAAAGAGCAAGCAGGCAGAAAAAACUAAGAAAAAGCUCCUGCAUCAAUGCAAGAUUCUUUACAAUCGACUUAAUGAAUGCAAUCGGAAUUCACCUACGAAAGAUGAAGAUAAAGUCAGUUUGCAUCCUUCAUCACCAGGGGAGGCUUUAGAUCUGUUGAAAACAUCAGAUGACCAAAUUAACUUCCUGCUUAAUGGGGCCAAACUCUUGACUCAAGAAAACGGAGCUUCAGCUCCUGAUCUUGACGAAGAUCAUGAAACCAUGAGUGAAGAUGCAGCAACGGCAGAUGAUGAGUUGAGGAAUCUAUUAGCAAAUAUUUUCAUUGAUAACGUAAGAUUAAGAAAACAGGUGAACUCUGUUUUACGAGGAGGCUCUAUCGAAGAAUUAACGUAGGUGGGUUCUUAAGGGGGGGAAAACAAAACAAAAAAGUUGAAACAGGGAUGAACAUGGUUUUUCAAGUAUGAUCAGGUCUCCUGGGUUUGUAUAACGGUUCUGGUCGAUGAUCAUCUUUUGUUUCGCUUCCGGAUAGAAAAGAAAUGACUAUAUUCUGUUUCGUAUAGUUGACUCACAAAAGCAAACAUUUGCCUUUAAAUUGUCACAAAUAUACAGUCUUCACAAAUUCGGCUCUAUUUAUUUUUUGUGAAUGUUGAAUAAUGGGGGGAGGGAAAAGAGAAAAAUGUUUCUGAAUUGCAUUCAGGUUUUGCUCGUUAAAGUGUAUCCAUUUUAUUUAGCUGAUGAUCUUGUCAUUGGAUGAUGUCCAAAAUCAUAUCUCAAAUCUCUUUCGGAAUUCGAAUUUGUGCUUAAAAAGAGUAUUAUGUUGUCGUUUCUUGAUAUU